AACUUGGGGAAUGCGAUAAAUACGCAACUUAGCUAUGAGAUAAGCCCGCCUUACUCUUUCAAUCCUUAGGCUUCUAUCCAUCAACCAGAAUGGCGACGCUACUUCGUCAAGAUAUCCUCUCCAAGGCCCCAAUCCCCCAAGAUGAAAGCCCUCUCUUUACCAAGCUUCCAGGAGAAGUCAGAGACAGUAUCUUCUCUUAUGUCCUCACGGAUCACCCGGACCCAACACCAACCAAAAAGUUCAGAGAAAACACAUGCUACACUCGCCCUUCCUAUCUAGCAGCUCAAUCAACCGAUACCAGACUUCUUCGGACAUGUCGCGCCAUCUACCGCGAAACUUGGUUCAAGCCAUUUCUCCUACGAGAGCACACAGAAUGGGCUACAGGUGAAGAUCGUGCUCCUCCACCUCACAAAGCUCCUCCACCUCUGGGCCCCAUGCUCGCAAAGAUCUCCAAAUCUCUAGGCACAGACAAUGUCGAGAUCGAGAGACUGAGAGUCUUUGCUCAGAUGUACAGACUCGAAGAUAACGGUCUGCAAGACAUCCUACGUACGCCCCAUCUGGCUCCCCGCACCAUGACGCUCACCAUUCGUCACACUGAUUGGUGGUAUUGGGAGGAUGACGAGCCCCUUCACUUUGAGGGAAACUGGAUCGAGGGUGUUUGUCAAGUGCUGACUCCCAGUACGACUCAAUUCUGCAUUGAAUUGGAGUCCCUCGAUCGGAAGAAGGAUCAGGUCGACAAGAUCGCCAAGCAGAUGGUCGACGCAUGGUUCUUCAAACGGCCCGAUGGUGUUGUUCUCUACGCAGAUACAUCAAAUGCCAACCGCAAAGUAAGUCGUUGGAGCGGUUCAAGCACUUGGCACGGUCAACGCUGGACUCGAGAUGAAACGGAACCCAACAAACUCGACUACUACAUCGUCUCCGUCACAUUCCGUCCUCUGAUCUCAAUCGAGCGAAGCGGCGGCUCCGUAAGCGAAAAGGCAAUCAAGGAAGCACAAGACCCUCACGCCCUGGAUCGUCCCAAACUCUUACUUCCGGACAACCAGGAGAGAAUAGUGGCCGAGAACCCUUGUGAGUGGGUUAGUGAUUCAGAUGACGACGCAGCAUUUGAGGGAUUUCUGCAAGAUUCGGACAAUGAUGAGUGGUAUGCGGAAAUGGAGGAGAUGUAUGGCAAUGGUCGAUUCAUGCAAGGGCUGUAUGUCGGCCGCAUGGAGUAGUGUAAAUUCAGUCGUCAGCUAUCUUAUUUCAUUAAUACACUUUGGUCAAAUGGGA